UACGGAGUUUAUGUAUGACGUAGCCGUACCUAUCUGGAGCGCUAGCUAACUAGAGAAAGUUGAUUUGUGUAGCCUAGAACAAGUUAGUGAUGGCCACCAGUGGCGUGUCUAGAUGGAUAGAAGAUCUGAGAGGCAAGAUCCAAGCAGCCGCUGCAGCAAGACAGAAGCAAAAGCUGGCAAUCGACAAGAAAUCAAUAGAGAAAGCAUGGAAACUCAUGGACAAAGUAGUCACCUUGUGUGCCAACAGACGAAUGAACUUGAAGAACAGUCCACCAUUUAUUCUUGAUAUUCUACCUGACACAUACCACCAUCUUAGGUCCAUAUUCAAGAAGUACGAAGACAACAUCGGCUUCCUAAACGAUAAUGAAUAUUUCAAGCUCUUCAUGGAGAAUCUAACAGCCAAGUGCAAACAGACCAUUCGACUAUUUAAAGACUCUAAGGAUAAGAUCUUUGAUGAGACCAGUGCAGACAGGAGGUCGCUCACCAAGCUCAGCCUUAUCUUUAGUCACAUGCUGGCCGAGCUGAAAGCACUAUUCCCAGGGGGAGUGUACGGUGGAGACAACUACCGCGUCACCAAACAGGACGCUGGAGAGUUCUGGGCCUUGUACUUUGACACACGGGCAAUCAUUCCUUGGCGAAUAUUCCGUCAGAUUCUGCAGGACAUUCACCAGAUCCACUCGUCCCUCGAGGCCAUGGCUCUCAAGUCCACCAUCGACCUCACGGUCAACGACCACAUCUCUGUGUUUGAGUUCGACAUCUUCACCAGAUUGUUCCAACCCUGGGUGACUCUACUCAAGAACUGGAAUGCUCUGGCAGUGACCCACCCCAGCUACCAGGCUUUCCUCACUUACGAUGAGGUCAAGGCCAAGCUACAGCCCUACAUCAACAAGCCUGGAAGCUACAUAUUCAGAUUGAGCUGCACUCGAUUGGGCCAGUGGGCCAUUGGCUACGUGACUCAGGAGGGCUCUAUAUUGCAGACCAUCCCUCAGAACAAGUCACUCUGUCAGGCUCUCAUCGAUGGGGCUCGCGAAGGAUUCUACCUAUAUCCCAAUGGUGACGACAAUAACAUGGACCUCACUGAGAUUAUGGAGAGUGCAGAGGACCGACACAUCGAGGUCACUGAAGAGCAGUACGAGAUAUACUGUGAGAUGGGCUCCACAUUUCAGAUGUGCAAGAUAUGUGCCGAGAACGAUAAGGAUGUUAGACUGGAGCCAUGUGGUCAUCUCAUCUGUCACAUUUGCUUGCACAGCUGGCUCGACUCAAAUAGAACAGACUGUCCGUUUUGUCGUGAAGAGAUAAAAGAUUCUGAAGCGGUCGUUAUCGAUCCAUUCAACCAACGAGCACACAAAGCUGACGAUCCCAAGCCUCUUGAUCCUACCAUCACUGCUCACAUGAAACAAAUGGCGGACGCCAGGGAGGCGGCACGACAAUCGGAGCCAGUGCCAGUGGGCCCCAAACAGCCUGAGGCAAGUUCCAAGGGACCAGCGGAGAUAGAGAGUUCCUACUCUCUGGCAGGCACAGAUGACUGGACAGGAGACUCCCAUGAUACACCUGCUGCCUGGACUCUUCGUGAAUUCCACGAAAAAGGAGCAGCAACCAAUUUCAAGCAACCAUCAUCGCUCACAUACGAGACUCCCCUCAACCCUCCCCCUGUCCCUGCUCGACGUCUGGCCAGUCAUCCCCCUGUCCCCACCACUGCCAACAACAAACCCUCACCGCCACCUGAAAGAUCAUCGGAGUCACACUCGGCCCCCUCCUCGCCCACAGGAGAACAACGGCGACUCGCUAUUCCCACUGAGACCUCACCAAGUUCGUCUAGGAAUAGCUCGGGCGUAACUGUCAGUCCACGCACUUCACCUAGUGCUAGACCUCGCUCUAUGAUGAUCGAAGCUACCGCAAAGGAGCUAGCCUAUUCAACUGUUAAGUUCACUGAUAGUCUGAAUCAAAAACCGUACCACAAAUCCCAACGCCGCGACACCAAGUACUCUGAAAUCGCGCACGUUAUUCGCCAGCCUAAUACUGAAGAAGCUUUGAAAACAAAUGUUCCUGUUCCAACUCCUCGUUCACGCAGUCUCGAUCGCAGGGAACACCCCAGACCUCUUGUCAACCACCGUGAAGACCUCCCUCUCCCUCCAGUCCCUGUCACACUGGUAGAAAAGAAUCGCAAUCAACAGACCUCCCCCAGCAACAAUAUUCAUUCACAGCCUUUCGAGGUUGAAGAUCCGUUCGCUAAUAACCCCUUUGACAACGACCCUUUUGCUGACAAUGCUGAUGAGUGGCAAGACAGCACUGCAUUCUACGAUCGACCCCCGCCCCCUCGACCAUACACUGCCGGAAUGGAAGUGCCGAAACCGGCCACUCCUGAGCCAAAGAUUGUGCCUGAUAAUCUCCUCGGUGAAACUGCUGAUUGCACAGACGAAUCUGCAUACCAAGACACAAAAGAUUUUCUCAAAGGAAUGCAAGCUAAACACAGAGGUGAAGAGCUUCAAGUCACACCUCAAAUACACGAAGAUGACGCAAUCUUUGUCCCUCUCUCUGAUGUGUUUAUGCCAGAACUCAACACGUCUGAACCACCACCUCCUGUGCCGGAGCCUGAAACGAAGCAGAGUCCAACCGCUAAGCUCACCGGGGCCUACGAGUAUCCCUGUGUUCUCGAUAGGUAUCCGAAAAAACCUGAUGAAUCACAACCUCACGACGAGCCUCUACUGCACACAAUGACCUACAGUAAACCUGUCCCUGGUGUUAGUGGUGGUCUGACACGUCACGAGUCACUGAGGGGCUCUGGACGACGAGGAGUGCCACUCCCCCCUCUCCCCCCCCUGCCCGACAAAGAACAACCACCUCCACCUGUGGCUACCGGGCUACCAGCUGGUCUUUCGUCCCCUCCCCCACUACCAGCGAGGCCCGCCAUUGGUACCCCCGGUUAUCAGGCCCCUGCCCUACCCCCGUUCAAUCACCCCUGGGGUAACAAGAAAGCACGAAGCGAGGAACAACAACCCAACCCCCCUUUACCCCCACGACGAAAGGAGCCGGCUCCUAGUUACAAUGGAGGAACAGAAGCCCCUCUUAUAGCAGACACUGCUCCUGAAAAGCCAUCUGCUGUGACGGAGCUAUUGGCUCUUGGUUAUACACUCUCAGAGAUAGAACGAGCACUACUCAUUGCAAACAACGAGCUCACUCUAGCUAAGCUAAUUCUGAAAGAAUUUGGUGGCAGAAAUUGAUUGUGUUCGUGAUUUCGUCUCUCAUUUCCCCUUGGGGUUUGUCUCUGUAUUGUGUAGCUUAGAAGCAGUGUAGCUUAAUUUUAGACUGCAUUGAAUUAUUGAUUUAUUUUGGACUUGUCAUGUCUUUGUGUUUAACACAGUACACUAUAUACUGUUCAUUAGUUCAUACUUCACUGAGUUCUGUAGGUUUCCGCUAAUUUUGUAUGCACGAUCAAGGAAAUUUUGAUACUAAAAAAUAAUGUGAUAUUGUUGACAAUGGACAA